CGAGAAACUUGAGAGAGCGCCCACAUUACAAAACAUCUCUGGUUGCACGAAGUCUAUUAAAUCUGCGGGACAGCUUGUAGCACCAAAGACGCGCGACGUCGAGCAUCCUCACUUCGAGACUAACUGCAAGACUCUCGUUGUUUAGCUUUCAACGCUUGCAUCAUUAUGAAAAGAUAGAAACACCUGUGCCGGCUCCUCGACUUUGCGGAUAGCUCAAAAUGCGUCUCAGGGUGCAAAUGUCGCCGCUGGGCAGCGGCCUGACGGUAGAAGAGACGGUAGACUUGUUCUGCGGGGAGGGUGAACAAAUUCUGCAGUGGAUCGGCUACGCGGCGUGCUCACGAUUAGCGUACAAGCGAGGCGAGGUGUACGGGCGGUACGUGCCGCAGAGCGUCAACAACAAGGACGGGCAGCCCCUGGAUGUGGACAUUGUGGUCAACGAGAUCUUCAACGACGGCGAUGAGCUGUUUGUGGAGUUCAGCAAUGGGCCCGUGCCCUACAAAGUCCGGUGGGAGGGCCGGCCGCGCACUCCGCCUUUCCGCUGGGGCGACGGCGUGGAGGUGCUGCCGCCGCACGACACCUGGCUGCGCGAGCUGGACCUCAAGGCUGAGGGGCUGGGCGCGCUCAUCGAGCCGGACCUGCUGCGGGCGGAUGCGGCGGUGGCGGAGAAGGACCUGGACAAGGUCAAGGCGCUGCUGGUGCAGUACUCGGGCGCGGUCCAGAUGCUGUUCCUGCUCCAGUCCGCGGAUGGCGCCGCCACCUCCACCACCAGCGGCGAGCAGCUGGGCAGCCUGACGCUGCCGCAGUUCCGAGCGGCCAUGGCCACUGCCAAGGUGAUCACGCCGCGGUUCCCACCCGAGAAGGUUGAUGAGAUCUUCACGGGUGUGGCAACAGCCGAGACCACACUGGCGCGCAAGGUGGAGGCCAAGUCGGGCGUGUCCACAUUCGACCUGCUGGACUUCAUGCUGGCGCUGGUGCACCUGGCGGCGCAGCGCUACGCAGCUGAGAACCCCAGCCAGGCCGCGUACAACCACCUGUCACUCAAGGUGACGGCCCUGUUCCGCGAGUGCUUCGCCGCCUCCUCCUUCCCCGAGCUGCAGCGGCGCCUGGAGCGCUUCACGCCCGCCGUCAACAACAGCAACGCCCUACUGCUGCUGCGCAAGGGCCGCAAGCUGACGGAGCAGACUCUGGACAGCUGCCAGCUGAAGCGCACCCGCGGCGCCUCGGUGCGCGUGGACCUGCGCUGGCUGUGCAACCACCUGGCCAAGUGGGGCAUGCUGGGCCGAGACUUCAACCUGCAGUGGGGCAUGCUGGGCCGAGACUUCAACCUGCAGGAGUUGGCGCUGAUCGCUGUGUUCGCCAAGCAGCGCGGCUCCGACCCAGAGACCUUUGCGCUGCACCCGCAGCCGCUGGAGUACGACUACGACCAGUUCGAGCGGCUGCUGCUGGGAGCGGCCUGGACCACCUACAACAACAGGCGCAAGGCGGCGCCGGGGCCCGCAGGCGGCGGCGGCGACGGCGGCGGCGGCGGCGGCUCGGGCGGCUUUGAGGAAUUCCUGGGCGACCUGCUGGACGGCGUGUACAAGAAGGCGGGCGUGCUGGUGCCGGCCCAGCAGCACGGCGGCGGCGGCGGCGGCGGGCUGGAGGAGGAGGACAGCGCUGUGCUGGCCGUGCACUAGCAGCGUGUGGAGGCGGGAGGACGCGGGAGGAGGAGGCGUGGGUGCACUAGUGGUGUGGAGGGGGAGGAGGCGGGAGGAGGCGGGGUUGCACUUGUGCGGGGAGAAGAAUGGAGGGGGUGGCAGUGCACUAGUGUGUAGGGGGGGAGGCGUGGUGGCGGUGCACUAGUGGUGGGGAGGGGGAGGAGGAGGUGGAGGAGGGGCGUUAGGUGCCCGAGCCCGAUUGGGUUUACAUCAUUCAGUUUGCCCGAAGGGAAAGGCUGAGGGGGCCGCGGGCGCGGGGCUUUUAGUGGGCUCUGUGUGAGGUGAUGGGGAUGGUUGCUGUGGCGGUGGUGGUGGCAGUGUGAGGUGUUGGGGCGGGUGGAACGCGGCGGCCGCUUGGCUGGGUAUGGGAGAGGGUUGGUGGCACCCGCCUGCCUUGCCUCAGGCCAGCUGCGCCCGCUGCGGUGCAGGCCUACCUGCCUACCUGGGCAGUGGUGCUGUGUGGGACUGCUGUGCAGUGGUGCACUGAUGUUGAGGCAGCAGCAUAGCAACAAUCGUUCACGGACGAGGUGUGUGUGUGUGUGUGUGUGUGUGACUGUGUGAAAGCGGCCACGGAAGCCCCACGUGUGUCUUCUUGACGUGCGGCGUCACCGGCAUAUUGCAUCAUACGGCUAUAGCGCGGACCGCCUACAGUACUUGGCAGUUUGCAAUGCUUGUGGCAGUGCAGUCACGAGUCACCCCGUAAACCC